CCCCCGCGCGGCCCGCCCGCCCUCCGUCCCGGCAGCAGCCGCGGCCGCAGCCAUGGCGUCGGGGUGUCGGAUCGGUCCCUCCAUCCUCAACAGCGACCUGGCGGCGCUGGGCGCCGAGUGCAGCCGCAUGCUGGACUGCGGGGCCGACUACCUGCACCUGGAUACACUUCGUCCCGAACAUCACCUUCGGCCACCCCGUCGUGGAGAGCCUCCGCAAGCGGCUGGGCCAGGAGCCCUUCUUCGACAUGCACAUGAUGGUGGCCGCGCCAGAGCAGUGGGUGAAGCCCAUGGCGGUGGCUGGUGCGAACCAGUACACCUUCCAUCUAGAAGCGACGGACAAUCCCGGGGCGCUGAUAAAGGACAUUCGGGAGAAUGGGAUGAAGGUUGGCUUGGCCAUCAAGCCUGGCACUACAGUUGAGCACUUGGCACCUUGGGCCAAUCAGAUAGACAUGGCCUUGGUGAUGACAGUAGAACCUGGGUUCGGAGGACAGAAAUUUAUGGAAGACAUGAUGCCAAAGGUUCAGUGGCUCAGGACACAGUUUCCCUCCUUGGAUAUAGAAGUGGAUGGAGGAGUGGGGCCUGACACCAUCCAUAAGUGUGCAGAGGCAGGUGCCAACAUGAUUGUGUCUGGCAGUGCUAUCAUGAAGAGCGCAGACCCCAGGUCUGUGAUUAACCUCCUGAGGAACGUGUGCUCAGAAGCGGCCCAGAAGCGCAGUCUGGAUCGAUGAGACCUGCCCAAGCCGUGUUCCAGAAGGCUCUGGCCGUGCAGGAGAGCCCUUCUCUCGUGCAUAAGCAGGGGCUGGAUGAACACCAACUACGGAAACUUCGUGCUGCUGAACAGAGGAAUCAUUCCUUCACUGCAAUGAAGCAAGCAGCAGUGGGAAACAUUCUCGCUGUCUUUCGGGGUUGGAAAUGCAAUGGUUUGAACCCGUCUCUUGAUUUUGUGGAGGCUAAUUUUGUGGCACAACCUCUAAUGCUGGCUGAACUACAGUCAGUUUGUUGCUUGCUAGAAGAGUGUAGCAUCACCACAAGAAUCUCUCUUGUGGAAGACUCUUAAUCAAACUGCCUUCUGCUGUCUGUAUUUUGUCAUUUGAUCUGUGCAUUCCUACAAAACUUUUUCCACUACUGCAUUAAACACCCUUUCCUUGGUGUGUUAAGUUCUUGAAGCUGACUGUCAUAAAUAAGUGGGUUUAGGAGUUAGGGAAAAGGCAGCUUAAGAGGGCUAAAAAAAUCCCAGUGAUGGUAGCAAUGUUCCUGUCCUUUGCCUCUAUUGCAUUGGAAGUACUUGGCCUAUGGAAAUCCAGCAUCAGAUAAGUCAGUGCAGCAUCUUUACCAGAUGAUGAAGUGGGGAAUAUCUUCUCACUUACCUUUCAAAUAGCCAGUUAAGACAGCUGUGUCUGAAAUUCCUGGAAGUGAUGGAAUUCCUCAGAAGAAUGUUGCUUUAAAACUCUUCAGAUAAGUAAAAAGCUUUUUCUUGCUGCACAA